AUGAGCGCGCUUCCCUCCGCCCUGAGACUGACCUCCUGCUGCUGCUGCUGCUGGCUCCUGCUGAUCUGCCUCGUCGUCUUCCUGAUACCCGCGCCCUGCACCAGCGACACGCCGCAGCGAACGGCGAACCGGACUCGAAAGCAAUCGGCAGGUGAUGAUGACGCGGCGGUGUAUGUAUCCAGCUAUCUCGACGACGACGCCGAGGUAUACGAGGACGAGCAGAUAUCCACCGGCAAUGGCGAUCUCGAGGACGACUGGUUCGCAAAUAUUACGGAAAAGGGACGGUACUUGGGCUCGCCUUGCGACAUCGCGUCCUCGUGCAAUUCCGAGCUGCAGCACGUGUUCUGUGAUUCAAUCACUGGCCUCUGCGAGUGCGAAAAGUUCUACCCCGUUCGUCUCGGGCCUACCAAGGGAUGUGCCAAACCCAAAAAGCUCGGAGAGCAGUGCUUCUAUCGUGCGACGUGCACUUUUGCGGAUCAACAUUCGACGUGCACGCAGGUUCAACAUAAUGCGGUAUGCGAUUGCGAGGAGGGAUAUCACAGGGUUGCUUUGUCUAGGCCUAACAAGAAGGUUUUCUGCGCGGAGGAUCUGGUGCUGAUAACUACGGACCUUCCGACCCUACUCUUCAUAGCAUCGGGGAUAGCCAUCUUUACGGCGAUGAUAUGCUUCGUGCUCAAACUAUUCAGCCGGGCGAGAUAUUCAAGGCCGCGGCAUUACGCCAAUGCCAAUCAUGCGCCACCCAUGCUGUUUUCCAGUGAUACGGGCAUACCGCUGACGCUGCACGGACGGCCUGGAUCGCGAUCGAGCCAGCGGAGCGGUAGCGCCGGACCUCUCAGCUGCGCGUUCACCAGGAGGCCCAGCAGCGGUGGCAGCCGUGGACCCCUGGUACCGGCGUCCAGAGCAGGUGCGGCACGGGCCGCCGCUAUCUUGCUUAUAUCGUGUCACCUGCAGGCGACCAAGGACGGCAACAAGCACCGACGUACCCUUAGUGACGUGGCCGAGGGAUCGACCGACGGCCCCGGUUCUCGCCGUCCUAGCUUAGCGUCGGUACACAGUUCGACGUCCUCGUCCCGUAGCUACAGCGCGCGUCGACUCGAGAAGGAGAGGAACGACAAGGAGCAGCGCCAUGCGGUUCAGGAGCUCCGGCUGUCGAAGCAGCGGGAGCAACUGCAGCUGCAGCAGCAGCAGCAGCAGCAACAGGUGGUACCGACACCCAGUCCUAGGACUCCCCAUUCCACGGACGAGUUGCUCCCUUCGGUCGAAGAGGGGAAGGAAGCCUUUUACAACGAGCAGGUACCGACGACAUCAGACGUGUCAAACAUCAUCCCAAUAACGACAACCAUGACGACGAUGAUGACGACGACGACAGCGACGUUAACAACGGCGAUAACCACUUCCAACGGCGAGACCGCGCCUAUGGCAACGCCAGCGACCAUUUUCGGCACGAGCGUUGCACCACGGGCUUCCGAUGACAUUUUUCAAGUGUAGUCUCUUCGUCUCAAGUAUAACGACGUAUCAAGUAUAAUGUCGAAGCGGACUCUCGAUUUAUUAACGACCUUUUUAUUGUAUUUGCAAGAACUAUCAGCCACGUCAAGAUCGAAGGCAAAAAAAAACGCGGGGGCAUACUUGCGAUAAAAUACGAAAUUCAAAUCAAUAGAGAUAAAUGCAUAAAUAUCGAGAAUAAGCAAAAUUCGUAUUUCGCCCGCGUUAAAAAGUCAGCUCAUAUGACAUUACGCGGUAUAUAGAAGUCAUUAACAUGAAAAAUAUCUCUUUUCCCAGACAACAAUUGUAUGAAAUAUCACGAUUUGCAAUUUUAUAACUUUCUCUCUCUCUCCCUCUCUAUCUAUCUAUCUAUCUAUC